CGAAAUGGAUAACGCGUCUGCUUCCGGAGCUGAAGAUUGUGGGUUCGAGUCCCACUGCGAACGUGUGCUUUUACCUUUUUUGGAAUUUUUUUACGAUUUUUAUCCAAUCAGAACAGCCCAUUUCCUCUGGGAUCGAAAAGUGUGUAACGCAAAAGGCAACCGAUAGCUACGGUUGCUUGCUGCUAUUCUUCUUUCCAAUGCAGCCGCCCUAAUGCCUAACAAUAUAGCUAGUUUGAGAGAAAUGAAGCAUGAAGGAA